AUGGCUUCGCGGUCUGGAUCCGGCUCUGGCUUUGCUGUCGGCCUCGAAAGGACGCAGCAGUACGCUGCUUGGAAUCUUCCGUCGCCGACCUCGGCGGCAUCACGACAAGAGGCAUCUCGACCAUCGGCGCCUUCGUCCUCGUCACCACUUCCGUUGCUGCUGUCGUUGCCGCCGCCGCCGUCCUUCCGCCGCUCAACACCGCCGCCUGCGCUGUCUGCUUCGUCGUUGUUCGCAGCGUCCGUGUCGGCGGCGUCUGCUCAGAACCCAGCGCCCGGCCUCACCACGCCGCAACAACAGCAGCACCAGCACCAGCACCAGCACCAGCAAUACGCUCCUCACUCUUCGACAUUCCAAUCUUCUCCUCGACCGUCCGCAUCUGCUCCUCCCUCCGCCAGUUCUGCCGCGUCCGCCUCUUCUGCGGCUGUCGCUGCCUCAUCGCCCUUAUUAAUCCCAUCUCCCGCCACCGCCCGCCCGAUUCUGCCGCCGCUGCUCCAGAUUUCGCCACUUAGCCAGUAUCCCACUCCGCGACAGCAGCGCCACUCAGUUUUCCCUCCUUCAACACCGGCUGCAGCCUCGGCUCCAGCCUCAGCCUCAGCCUCUCCCUCGCAUCCCGGCUCCGACAGCAUCACCGGCGCCAGUCAAUUCGGCCUCUCCACGCUGCAGCCCGAUCCCUUCUUGCCGCUCAACUCGCCCUUCGACCGCCCUCAGACCGUCUUCGGGCCGCAGACGACCAACUCGUGGUCCACCUACGCCAGCCAGCUCAGCCAGUCCGACGGAUGGCCGCAGGAUGACGCUGCCGCCAGCAACACCCUUUUCUCUGCCCGAUCCCGUGCUCUCAACGCCCUGGACCGUCUCCUGAGCGAGACCUCGUAUGCGCCAGUCACUUCACAGCAGCCGCCGCUCCAGUCACCGUCGCAGCUGCCACAGUCCCCGUUCAGUCGCUUCCUUGCAUCGUCUCCAGCCUUAGCCUCAGCCUCGAGCUCGACAAGCGCGUUUCUCACAGCGCUCUCGCCCUUGACUGCCGCUGCUACACCCGCGACUGCGGCGCCUUCAGCACACCUGCAGCCUCAAAACAACGCCACGAGACCCAGUCGGAUUAGCUCUGCUGCUAAUACAGCCUUGUCCCCAACCGUGCCGCCAAUCUCGGAACAAGAUUUCUCUCCGCUCAACAAUUUUGGCGACUUCCCUUUUCACAGCGACAACAGUGAUCUUGACCAAAUCUUCUACGACCUCGACGGCUUCGCAGGCUUCCAACUGCCCUUUUCCAACACUCCCGGCGUUUCUGUUCCAUCCACGUUUGACACCAUGCCAGCGACGUCUGGACGGCUGCGCGGCCGAGUUCCUCCGGAAACUCAUGGCUCGUCGGCUGCUGCACAACCCUCACGCAAACGGCGGAGGAUCUCGCCUUCCGCAGCACCACCCACGUCCGCGCAACCACAGAGCACUCUGAUAGAAGACGACGACGAUGUCGACAGCUUGUUCGGCUCCAGCCCUUCGAGGCCUGCCUCGGCCAAUUCCAAAGUCGAAGAGUACACUACGAUAGAUUUGACGGAAGCCACCGACGUCCCCGAGGAGCUCAAGAAGCCCGAGGUGGACAAGAGAGUCAAGCUGUCUGCGUUCCAAUGCGUUAUAUGUAUGGACGACGUGACGGGACUGACUCUCACACAUUGUGGUCAUCUCUUUUGUGCCCAAUGCCUCCACUCCUCGCUGAGCAUGGAAACCACCAGAGGCAAAUGCCCCAUGUGCAGAACCAAGAUUGACAUGAAGCCGCGCGCGACAUACACCACAAAGACGAAGGGCUAUUGGCCGCUGGAGCUCAAGCUGAUGACGAGAACGCGGCAAGGCAAGCGGAAAGCCCAAGAUAUCGACUGA